CCAGAGAGCAAUGGUUACUCUGGACGCUCUCCCCUUACAAGCUGUGCUACCCAGCUGACUGGAGCAGAGCCAGCGUCUCUCCAGAUGUAGGGAGGGUGCCUUGCCUCUUGGCGUUGAGCUCUCAGAGGCUUCCCCUUCCCUUCCCUGUCCGUUUGCAGGUGCUUGAGAAUGGAGAGAAGCUUCAUUUUUCAGCCUCUCCUUUCUGCACUAAGCCACGGAGCAGUCCUGGGCAGGGGAAGCAUCUGUGGCAAGGGGCAGCAGGUCACACUGCAUGGCCCAGCUCCUUUGCAUUCCACUGGCUGGAGGAUGGGUUAGAAACAGGAGAGCAGACUCUGGAUCCAGCAGAGGGAAUUUCCCAGAAGUGCUCUCCCUCUGAUUCAGGUUGCCAAAAUGCUUUUCAAAGAGACUUUUCUUGAAAAUGAUACAGAACAGUCACUCCUCGAAGGCACCUUCAGAGAGUUCCUUCCAUGCUGCAUUUCCAGAGUCACCGUUGCGCCUUCAUUCUCUUGGUUCUCCUGAGCUCCCAUCUCUCCAGAGGCACACUUUGGCUCCUUACAUGAGGUUUCCCAGCACAAGCAGAACUACAUUUCCCCAGGCUCACAGGGCUGCAGGUGAUGCUGCAGGGGAGGGACAGGCAUGAUGGCUGAGCAACCUUGUCAAUGGGUUGAAGUGUUCAUUAAUUACUACACGUGGGUACAGCAGGGCUGUUGGAAUCCUAGCCCAGAGCUGGGCUUUGCUGCCCCUCAGCUCUGUGUGCAGCCAGGUAAAGCCACUGGCUGGGGGAGACACAGCCUUGGGGACACCCCCACCUUGGGGGAACCCCCCAGGCUGAGUGAGCUGAGCACGCUGCCUUGCAGCCUGACCCACAAUGCUGCUCCAGCAGCCAGACCCUUUCAAAGUCCACGGUCUGCAAAGUCCAUUCCUGGCUCUGUUAAAGCAACUCUGCUUCAGAGCUGACACUGCACAGCGGGCGAGCGCAGAGUCUGCAUUCGCCAGCCCUCCGAGGAGUGGGCACCUGGGAGAGCAAGGUGUCUGCAGCUGGACUGAGGAGACAGAAAUCAUGACCCAAGAGAGACUGUGGCAGGUCCUGGAUCCAUCCUGGGGAGACCUUCGUGCCCUCUCGGCUCUGCUCUGCAGCUCAGCUGCAGCUGUGGUGCUUCUGAAAUGGCUGGGAAGGAGGCAAAUCCAGCAGAAGAUGGAUGAGGCAAGGAGGUCUCGGCAUCUGGCCCUGGAGAGAAUGGAGAAGGCAGCUCACAGGCUUAAGCAAGAGAACCCGGGCACCCAGACCUCACAUAUCCUCUCGCUGACAAUGGUGGAGCUGGCAGAGAAGCUGAAGGAGGGGUCCCUGUCCCCAGAAAGUGUCCUCUACUCCUACAUGGACAAAGCUUUGGAGGUGAAUCGGGAGGUGAACUGCGUGACAGACUUCAUUCAUGGAUGUGAGGAUCAGCUCCAGAAACUGAAGAAGCAAAAGGAGAAGGGGCUGCUCUAUGGCAUUCCCAUCAGCAUCAAGGACCACAUUAACUGCAAGGGCCACAUCUCCUCUGGAGGGAUGGUGAAAUUCCUGGGCCAAGUGAAGGAAGAAGACAGCGUCAUUGUCCAGGUUCUAAAGCAUCAGGGGGGAAUCCCCUUUGUGAAAACCAACAUCCCGCAGACCAUGAUAAACUACGACUGCAGCAACCCCAUCUUUGGCCAGACCCUGAACCCUCUCAACCCCCAGAAGAGCCCCGGGGGCUCCUCGGGAGGGGAGGGAGCUCUGAUCGCAGGGGGAGGCUCCAUCCUGGGCAUCGGCUCAGAUGUGGCUGGCAGCAUCCGCCUGCCCUCCAGCUUCUGCGGGCUCUGCGGCCUCAAACCCACAGGCAACAGGAUCAGCAAACAGGGAGUCAUUUCACCUCUCAUAGGAAUGCAAUCAGUGACAGGGAUGCUGGGGCCCAUGGCGAGGGAUGUGGACAGCCUGGCCCUGUGCAUGAAGGCGCUGCUCUGCCAGGAGAUGUUCCAGCUGGACCCCACCGUGCCCCCCAUCCCCUUCGAUGAGCAGGUUUACACCGGCUCACAGCCUCUCCGUAUCGGGUAUUACGAAGGAGAUGGUUACUUCCAGCCCUCGCCUAGCAUGAAACGGGCUGUCCAGCACACAAGGAAACUCCUCCAGGACGCAGGGCAUACGCUCGUUCCCUUUGCCCUGCCAAAGAUUGACUACGUGGUGGAUGAGCUGUUCACCAGAGGGAUUUUCUCAGACGGGGCCGCCCACCUGGUGGACUGCUUCAAAGGAGACAUCGUGGAUCCCAACCUGAAAUCCCAGUACAAUACUUACAGGGUUCCUGCUCUAGUGAAAAGGAUCUUGGCUAUCAUUUUGAAACCCAUAUACCCACGGAUUGCUCGGGACCUCAGCGCUCUCUGUGGAGUGGGAUCUGCCAAAAACCUCUGGGAUCAGCAUGGAGCAGUGGCGGCUUACCGCACGGAAUUCAUCGCCAAAUGGAGGGAGCUAAGGCUGGAUGUGAUCCUGUGUCCCGCGCUGGGGCCCGCCUUCAACCAUGGCUACGCUGGGAAGCUCUUUGCUGCCACGUCCUACACCAAUCUGUACAACGUGUUAAACUUCCCCGCUGGGGUGGUGCCGGUCAGCGUGGUCACAAGUGCCGACGAAGAAGAACUGGAGCGCUACCGGGGGCACUACGGAGACCCCUGGGACAAGAGGCUGAAAGAGGCUGUGUCAGGAGCUGUGGGGAUGCCCGUGGCCGUGCAGUGCGUGGCCCUGCCGUGGCAGGAGGAGCUGUGCCUGCGCUUCAUGAAGGAGGUGGAGGCUCUUGCCCGCGGCACGAAGAGAAAUGUGUGAUUUCUGGGAGCCAGCCUCCAGUGUGGUGGCUCUUCCUUCCCUGCCCUUCACUCCAGCCACCUUCUACCUGAUACGAAGCAAGGUAGAUAGUGAGUUGAAAACUCUGAACUAAUGUCUA